GCAGCGGUGGCCCUGAUGCCUGUUGGUGGAGGAGCAGUGCAGGGAUACAGGGUCUCUCCAGUGCAGCAGGGGGACUGGUGCCCAUUGGUGGGGGCGCAGAGCCAGGGCACGGUCUCUCUGGUGCAGCGGGGGACUGGUGCCUGUUGGUGGAGGAGCAGUGCCGGGAUACAUGACAGGGCCUUGCUGGAGCAAUGGGACACUGGUACUCGGUUCGGGGGGAGCAGUGCAGGAAUACAGGGCCUCUCCAGUGGAGCGGAGGGACUGGUGCACAUUGGCGGGGGAGCAGAGCCAGGAUGGCUCCGGCAGCACGAGGCCAUUGAGAAGCUGAACAUACAGGCGAUUCUGAGCGCCUCUGCCGGUCAGGAACAGCUCCUCAUUGAGCUGCUGGUGAACUAUGCUAAGAUCCCUACUCUCAUCGAGGAAUUGAUCUCUGUGGAGAUCUGGAAGCACAAGGUGUUCCCUGUGCUGUGCCAGCUGGAGGACUUCAAGCCAAAAAGCACCUUUCCCAUCUACUUGGUGCUGCACCAUGAAGCUUCUAUUAUUAACCUCCUGGAGACAGUGUUUUUUCACAAGGAGAUCUGCGAAUCCGCUGAGGACACCAUUCUGGACUUGAUUGAUUAUAGCUACCGGAAACUGACCCUGCUAGCAGCUCAGAGCACCAAGGGGGAGUUUCCAAUCCACGAAAAGUUUCUGCCUGAGGAUGUGACCAAUGCAUCAUCAAUGCAGGAAUUACAGAAGCAGGCAGAGAUGAUGGAGUUUGAGAUCUCCCUGAGGGCUCUUUCUGUGCUCCGUUUCAUCACUGAUCAGGUAGACAGUUUGCCAUUGAGUGCCCUGACACGGAUGCUGAACACUCAUAACUUGCCCUGCCUCCUGGUAGAGCUCCUGGAGCAUUGUCCAUGGAGCCGCUGCGAAGCAGGCAAGCUAAAGAAGUUUGAGAAUGGAGCGUGGCAUGUUGUGCCUCCUGAAGACCACGUGAGGAUGACCAAGCUGGAUGGGCAGGUGUGGCUCUCCCUCUAUAACCUCCUCCUGAGCCCAGAAUGCCAGCGGAAAUACAACUUGGAUGGUUUCAACAAGAGCCAGCUCCUAAAGCUCCGUGCAUUCCUGACUGAUGUCCUCAUUGACCAGUUGCCAAAUCUGGUGGAGAUGCAGAGAUUUCUGAGUCACCUCGUAGUGACAGAGCCUGUUCCACCCAAAAAGGACCUCAUCCUGGAGCAGGUUCCCGUCAUCAGGGACCGCAUUGUCAAAGAGAACUCUGGGAAGUGGCAGGCGAUCGCCAAGCACCAGGUGAAGCACAUGUUCAGCCCCUCAGAGGACGAGUUGAAACACCUAGCGUGCCGAUGGGCACGGACAUACAACCUGGAUGUGAUUGAGGCUCUCGUCCCAGAGAAACCCAAGUGCGGGCUGUGCGGCUCGGAGGCAACAAAGCGCUGCUCUCGCUGCCAGAACGAGUGGUACUGCAAACGGGAGUGCCAGGUGCAGCACUGGCAGAAGCACAAGAAAGCGUGCAACCUGAUGGCUGAUGCCCUGAAGAAAACAAAAGAGGACUUGCAAGUGCAGCCAUAAUGCAGAACCGGAGCCUUCCAAAGAGAGACUACUUCUCCCCGGCAUUCCAGCAAUCCAAGAGCAAAGGGUCGCCAGUUAGAACUGGAGACAGGCAACCCCUUGUUCAUCUAACCUGGGCUCAGUGCACCAGUGCUGCCUGCCUCCUGUGUAACUGGGCAUGCUGCAGUAGUGCAUGGGCUGCUCCAGAUCCCAGCCUUGCAGCCAAGGACAGUAGGGCCAGAUCCACUACCAUGGGAUCAUGCUCAGCUCAGUGGGAUGCAUCAGCCACUGGCCGACACAACUGAUGCCUCCCUCUAGGCAGCUAGGAAAAUUGCCUGCUGAGAUUGGGAGCCUUGAUUCUCUCAUACCCCAUUCUGUCUCCUAGUUUCUGAACCCUUCCUUGCUUGAGAACAGGCUGCUCCUGACCUCGGUGACGCGUUUAUGCUAAGCAGCUUUUUCCGUGCUGUCACCCGUGACUCAGAAGCAGCUUGUGUCACCGGGCAUCCUGCUCGGAGCAGGUGCCACCUGCAGUCAUGCAGCAUGGCAGUGAGCACUGAUCUCGCCACUCUGCAGCAGCAGCACCACCAUGGCAGCUGGCAAGUUUGGAACCAACCACUGACUGCUGCUCUCACUACCUGCUGCUGGGAAUGCACCACGGGCCUUAAGGAAAAUACGUUUUCUGCUCCCAAGGCUCAGAGGCCAGCAAUAGCCACACUGGGCUCAGAACCUCUUCUGCUGGGACUCCCACCUCCCCCCCCGCUACAAUUUGUUCUCCAGUAAAUGGGUUGAGCCACUAACCAUCUUGUUCUCAUUCAUCUCCCUUCUGCAACACUCUGCAGCAGCCACCCUAGAGAUGACAAAACCACUUCCUCACUUAUUUCCUGCAUCAUCCUACUGGGGAGGAUUUUAUAAAUCCCAUCUCUGCCAGUAAUGAGUUUACAAGGUCUCUCUUGAUGCUCAGAUGCCAGUCAGGGCCAUACAUGCAGGGAGGGAAUUGCCCAGGAAGUGACAUCGUCUGUGCCUUCCUUAUCUAGGUGCUCACUUCUAUAACAUCCUUGCACAGACCUUGCAGUGUAGACUGGGGGAGGGGCAGGGAAACGGAUGUGGUUAGGACAAAUACUUCAAUUUUCAAAGGCUCAUUGUUUCAUGGUUGAGAGCAUAAUGCGGUGUCUUGGUGGCUACCGAGGGACUUGCCUCCCGCUCUGGGAUUUUCUCUGCAUUGUAGUGAGAAAUGAAAUGAACAAUCAGUUCCAUCCAGAAAGCAGCCCAAGUCAUGCUCUUUGUGUCAGCCCUGGUCAUCCAAAGUCGUGUUCUGGUCAGAAUGCCAAGGAUCAGUCCCCAUGCAGCUUGUCUUAAGUCAUGUUUGAUAUUGAUCUUCCUGCCCCCCCCCCCCC